CUCCCUUCCCGGGAAAGAGAGAGUGUGCAAGCCAGGGAGAGGGAGGGCUGGAGAGAGGAAGAGAGGGAGAGAGAGAAAGAGAGAGUGGAAAGAGGAAAGAAAAAAAAAAAGAACUGUUCCAGCCGCCGAAAAUGACUCAGUAACUUUUGCGCCCGGAGCUGUUUUUUGUCCUCCCCCCCGUUCAUUCCUUCUUUCCUUCCUUGCUUCCCUCCUUCUUCUUCCUCCUCUUCUUCUUCUUCCUCCUUCCCUUCUUCCUCUCCUCUCUCAACGGUCGGUGCGGCUGUAGUGAGUCCGGACGAUGUAUUCUUCCCCGCUUUGCCUCGCCCAGGAUGAGUUCCAUCCCUUCAUUGAGGCCCUUCUUCCCCACGUCCGGGCCUUCGCAUACACCUGGUUUAACCUCCAGGCCCGAAAGCGCAAGUACUUCAAGAAGCACGAGAAGCGGAUGACCAAGGACGAGGAGCGGGCGGUCAAGGAUGAGCUGCUGAAUGAGAAGCCCGAGGUGAAGCAGAAGUGGGCCUCACGCUUGCUGGCCAAGCUGCGCAAGGACAUCCGGCCCGAGUACCGCGAGGACUUUGUCCUCUCCAUCACUGGCAAGAAGUCCUCCUGCUGUGUGCUCUCUAACCCGGACCAGAAGGGCAAGAUGCGCCGCAUCGACUGCCUGCGCCAGGCCGACAAAGUCUGGCGCCUGGACCUGGUCAUGGUGAUCCUUUUCAAGGGAAUCCCGUUGGAGAGCACCGAUGGGGAGCGCCUGGUGAAGGCCCCGCAAUGCACCAACCCCAUUCUCUGCGUCCAGCCCCACCACAUCAGCGUCUCGGUCAAGGAGCUCGACCUCUACUUGGCGUAUUUUGUCCGUGAGAGAGAUUCGGAUCAAAGCAGCAGUCCGAGGACGGCCAUCGGGUCCGACCAAGAGGACAGCAAACCGAUAAUCAUGUUGGACGCGACGGAUUUCCAGGAGAAUUUUGUCACGUCGGGCGUCUUCAGUGUCACGGAGCUCAUCCAAGUUUCUCGAACGCCGGUAGUGACGGGGACAGGGCCAAAUUUCUCCUUGGGGGAAUUACAGGGGCACCUCGCCUAUGACCUGAACCCCUCGAGUACGGGGAUGAGGCGGACCCUUCCCAGCACUUCCUCCAGCGGGAGCAAACGGCAUAAGUCGGGGUCAAUGGAGGACGACUUGGACGCCAGCCCUGGGGGUGAAUACUAUGCAUCGCCGAGCUCCCCUACGAGUAGCAGCCGCAACUGGACAGAAGACAUGGAAGGGGGUAUCUCCCCGACCGUGAAAAAGACAGAAAUUGACAAAUCUCCCUUCAACAGCCCGUCCCCGCAGGACACGUCCCCUCGGCUCAGCAGUUUCACUCAGCAUCACCGUCCGGUCAUUGCUGUCCACAGCGGUAUCGCCCGAAGCCCCCACCCCUCCUCUGCGCUGCACUUUCCCACCACCUCCAUCCUCCCCCAGACGGCCUCUGCCUACUUCCCGCACACAGCCAUAAGGUACCCGCCUCAUCUGAACCCGCAGGACCCUUUGAAAGACCUCGUCUCGUUGGCCUGUGACCCGUCCAAUCAACAGCCUGGACCGCUAAAUGGAGGCGGUCAAGUGAAGGUCCCCGGGCACUACCUUUCCACCCAGAUGUUGGCGCCGCCGCCCCGCUUGGCCAUCUCGCCCGACGCCAAAUCUGCCACCACGACCUCCGAGGGAGGGACCACCUCACCCACCUCUCCCACCUACUCCGCCCCAGGCACCCCCCCUGCGAACCGCUUCGUGGGACUAGGACCACGGGACCCGGGCAGCAUCUAUCAGGCGCAGUCCUGGUAUCUAGGUUAACCACGGCUUCCACCUUCACCACCAUCCUCCUUUCCUCCCCUCCUGGGCUUUGGGCUUCCUUCGAGGAGAACGAAGCGGCCCUCCCACCCUUGGCCCAAACUCUGGCGGCAUCGUAACAAAAGAAUGAAUGAUUGAGAGAACGAGCAAGCGAGACUUUAAUGGAGGAUAGAAGGAGGGGAAGAUCCAGACUUUUGACACAAAGUUUUGAAAAAAAGAGAAUCCAAUAUAUCCGUCUUAUCUCUCAACCCGGCAUCCUUCCCGUCGAUGAGUGACACCCCCGAAAGGCAGCUUGUGGAUGGGAGUUGUCUUCUCCUUUAUUACUUUUUUUGUUUUGUUUCGACACUACGCACCUUUCCGAGGAGAAUCGGGAUCACUCUCUUUCUUCCCUUUUUCCGGACCAAGCGGGAUCCUGCCUGUCGCUUUCUCGAAAGGGAUGUAUAUGCAAAAGUUUCCCCAGCACCUGUGGGUAGGGGGAAAAAAAGAAAGAGAGAGAGAGAGAGAGAGAGAGAGAGAGAGAAAUCAUUGACCUGGCCCUUCGUUUAUUUUUUUCUAUGCCUGAUUUCACUCUCCUUCUCUUGAAAGCGUAACGCUAGAGACUUGGUCUGUCGGUCCAUCUAUGAAGGACCGGAAGAGUUUAAACUGACCCAAGUUGGGAUGCAGAGUGAAGAAAGACUCCCUCUCCAAAAGAAAGAAAGAGGGAUUUGAAACCCACCUUUGGCACUUUUUCGGACAAUAUCUGAUGCCUCCUUUCCCUGUCUCCCUGCUUUGCGUUCUUGUUGGAGGUUUUCUGAGACGGCACGGGACUUCUUGGCUUCCUUUUGAUAUCCCCUUUCCUAGAAUGCUUUUGUGGGCUCGACUCAAAUGAUGCAAUCUUUGGGUUGUUUUUUGGGGGGGAGGGGCCAGAAAGGUGGGAGGGCAAAGGAUCGAAAUGGAUGGAUUUGUACUGCUGCAAUUUACGGUUUGUGCAAUGUUGGGGCCGAAGUUGUGGGAAAUGGGGAAUGAGGCUGGCCUUCGGGGAAAGUGGGGGGCAUUUAAAGCUCAGCAGUGAGAUUGGGUUUUGUGGUUGGUAGCACUUCUUUAUUGGCGGGUUUGCCACCAUGCUGUGUUUCAACAGCAUGCCUUUGGCCACCUUGCAGGAAGGGAGAAGUGAAUUGCACUUCAGGACUUGGGAUGUGUCUGGUCCCUUAGUUCUUCUCAAGGCUCCCUUCUACCACACUUUUAAUCCCUGUUUGUAUGAGGAGUUGAGGGAUAUCUGCCUAGCUUUCCUCAUGAAGGUGCCGUCUCCGAUUGGGAUGAGGAAGGAGGUUGGAAAUGGUCCCAACAGUAGUUGGACCCAUCUGCUUCCCUUCCACUUCCCAAAUGAACUAUGCAUGCCAUAGUAGACCAGCUAUGUAAUGAUGAGAGAAGUGAUGAGGAUGUUGGAUUUAUGGAUUGCACAUGGGGUUUUUUUUGUUUGUAGAAAAUGCACUUUGAAGAAGAAGAGGGGAAUGAGGGGUGGUGGGAUAGAAGAAAGUUGUCUCCAAAUGAGUUUUUGUUUUUAAUGUGUGUUAAGAUAGAAGUCGGCGACCGGGAUGGGACAGUUUCGAGGCUAUCAUAGAAAUGGGAUGGUGUUGAGAGAUGUGUGGAAAUCUUCCCAGGCCAGAGUUUGGUUCGGAUCUGGGGGAGAUGCCUCCUUACGUAAUUCCCCUUUCCCUUCUGACUCUCCUCCUCCCGCUGCCCUCCACCCCCCACCCCCCUCGCAAGCCCCGGAUAAGCCAUUCUGGACUGGUUCAAGUGCCUACAAUUUAAUGCUCUGGUCCUUCUCGCAGGCUGCGUUCGGAGGGGCAAACACCAAAGCUUUACCAAUGCCACGGAUUGGGUCUCCCGCCACCCCGGAGGUUGGGGCUUCUAAGGUCCAAAGUCCAGUCACAACAAAUUUGGAUUCACUUUCCUCUCCAUUUGUAGCUGGGCUUGAUCUUCUGGAUGUUUCUUCCACCUUGGUGCCAAUCCAUCCGAAUCCUCCUUAGAUCACUGUCACCCAAAAUGGAUUACUUGUCUGCCCAUAAAACAGUUGGAGAUGAAGGAGUGGCAGAAUGUUGCCCAGAUCUCAGGAAGUGAGGAAAGGGAUUCAGUGUUUCUCCCUCAAGAGAGAGCUGUUAUGGUUGAAUCAAGGCCAUAGUUGCAUGAAGGUUUUUAUCGGCCAUCUGUAAACCAGAUCUGCAUCAAGACGUUCCCUUCCUCACAGGGAUGUCUUGUAGUUUUGUAAGUGGAACUGUAGCAUCUUUGUCAACUUCUUGCCUCCUUCAAGCAAUUCCCAGGAUCCUUUGGCAGGAUGUAGAAGCUACAAAAUGCUGUCCAAGUGGUUAAAAAGACAACCAUGAAACAGUCAAGAGAGCUUUUUCUCUGAAGUCAAUCAUGAAAUGGUCAGAAGAACUUGACGAGUGAGUAAAAGAAGUCAAGACCACCAAGAUCCUGAAAAUCUCCAACUUGGAGAACCCAUUCUGGACAUUUUUAGGACAGAAGAGUGAGUUAGUAGUGGUCUUAUGGGAUGCUGGCCUUUGUAGCAUCACCCAACUGCUGAGUCUCCAGAAAGCAAAUCUUCUCUGUCGAUGCCAAGUCCUCAGGUGGUGAAUUGGACCGCUUGGGACUCGAAAUUCCAGAACCUUCUCUCAGGUGGAACCACCUCCUCUAUUUGUUCUAGAACCUUCCGCCUUCAGCCCAACCUGUGGAGAAGCCCAUCCUCCACCGCCUCAUCCUUCUCAAACUUCGGGACGCUGCCCCGUAUCUACAGCCCGGAAAAUUGCUCCGGGGCUUGCGUUUGCAUAUGCAAAACACCCUCUCUGUUCCUCCCGCUCCCUUACGCCAAGGCUAAGAGGGGAGAAAUUUCUUUUUUUAAUAGAAAAAAAUAGACUUUUGCUAGACAACCCAAGCCCCUGCCUCAGAUUUGGCAUCAUUUGGGGUAAAGGGGGGGAAAUGGUUUCCAGCGGUACUUGUUUACACCUUAGCACCUUGACGGUGAGAAACGUCGAUGCCGGGUUCAACCAGUCGUGGGUGGGAAAGGGGCAGGAGAGAGAAUAUAUAUAUAUAUAUAUAUAUAUACACACACACACACAUAUAUAUGUAUAUAUAGAUACAUAUUUCCAAUGUGGACUCUUCCCGUCCUCGCAAAAAGGUGGGGCCCUUUUCGUGAGAAAAAUAUGACCCCGAAUUUCUAUAUAGAGCAAUUUCUUUUUGUAAUAAAAAAUCUGUAAUCGAUGGUGAGGAAGUGGUUGACGGAGCAAAACGGAAGCCCCAUCCAGACGAAAAAAAAAGAAAAACGCAAAAGAUUUCCCCCUUUACAAACUCUCGAAUGCAUGGUGCUUUGAAACAGGAACUCAUGUGACCGAGCUCAACCAAUCAGCUGGCUGAGAAUGUGCAUGGCAAAUCAACAUUUAAGCGCUCUCCUCCCCGUUCCCUCCCUUCUUUCUUCCUUUGAGGAACAAAGAGAAAAAAAUAAGAAACCCAGCCCCACCCAACUUUUGACUUUUUUUUUCUAAUUUGCACGAGAAAAGAUAUUUGGGGUGGGGUGGGGGAAUAAUGUUUUAUACCACAUAAUGUGCCUUGCCUUCUAUGAAAAUACGUAUUAACUCUAAUGACAUCACUGCACAGGUGUUGCUGCAUGAUAUUAUUCUUAUUAUUCUUAUUAUUUGAUGCGUGUAUGGGGAGGGGGAAAAGCGGGAGAGGAAAGGAAACAUGGGGGAGGCACGGGGUGGGAGCGUAUUGCCAUUUUUAAAAAAAGAAGAAUAAAAUAUAAUCAGCAUUAUGGAUGGUUGCAUGGGAGGGAAUGGGGCAGGUUGCAAUGCGGGGACGGACGCGGGGAGGGGGUUUAUUAUCGGUUUUAAUUGCAAAAUCAUAAGGAUCUAAAGUAAGAAAUGGGAGGGGGGCUUUGAUAGAGAUGGGGAAAAAAAGGCUUCAAUGGUUUGGCGUGUUCCGCAAAUUGUUCUCCUCCGUCUUUGAUCCGAUUUGCAUCUUUGGGCUUUUCCCGCACAAAAUUCGGUUGUUUUCGCACCUGUGCAGAUUGGGCAUGGGAUGCCCCAAUGGCAUGUUUUAAAUACAGGAAAUUUAUUCCCCAGCAUAGAAAAUAAUUUUUCUACAUGGAAAUAUUGUUUUGUGUCGGAAAAGUCCGCUUUCUGUGCAGAAUGGACCGUUGUGUGAAUUUUCCGCACAAAGAGCCCCAAAUUGCGAAAAUUCGCAUCCGUUCAGGAGUCAUUUUUAAAAAUUCCCCAAAUAUUUUUGAAUAUUUUCAAUUUUUCCAUCCCUAUCAAUCACCAAAAUUAAACUCCCCAAGGUUUCUUUCAGGGAAAAGAUUAAACGCCACUUGAUUACGGGAGAAAUAUUCGCCAAGGAAUCAUUGAAAGGACUGAAAUAUCAAUUUCUACCCAUUUUGAUUUUUAAGAAAUUGAUGAUUUUGGAAUCUCCCAAAGUCUUUAAACUCGCAGUUCCUUUACCAGUCGAUAUCAUUAUGAAAUAAUAUUAAAGAGGAGAAUAAUUGGGCGCACACCCGAAACGGAAGUGAAAGCCAGUAACGAAAUACACGAAAUACCAAAAAUAUAACUGAAGCUGUGCCUAAUGAAUUUUUUCUGCCGUGUUUUGCGUUUCCCUUUUCCGUCGUCGGCAUGUUCCACCUUCGCCGUGUUUUCCUUCCCAUGUCGCCAUUCGCAUUACGAUUUUUUUUUGUAUAAAUAAUAGAUAUAACAGAAAACUUGUAAUUUCUGGCUCCCAAAAAAGUCAGACUUGAGGAAAUUUGGAUCCCACUUUAAAAAAACUUUGGAACAUAUUAGAAAAACAUUUUUCAAUUCAGUGUUCCUGGUUGCUUGUUUUCUCGUUCAUCCAUCUCUCAUAGUGAAUCAUAGUGAGUUGUAUAUACAUGGACACAGAUUACUAUGCUAAGCAUUGGUCGGUGAAGCUCAAUUGUACUCGUAUGUAUGUAUAUCCAGCGUGUUUUGAAUAUUGGAUUGGAGUCUAAGAAACCCGAGUUCGAAUUCCCUAGGCUCGGCUAUGCAAAUCCAUUGGGCAGGCCAUACUCUCUCAUCUUCAGAGGAAGGCAAUUCAAAUCCCCUUCUGAAUCAUUCAGAAAAUCCAACUUGACCUGAAAAGACAUAAUAAUAAUAAUAAAUGGCAAGGAAACCCAAUGUUUUAGAAUAAGACUAUGGAAGACCUGGGUCUGAAUCCCCUUUUGCUCAGCUAUGGACCUUGGGCAAGUCACAUUCUCUCAACCUCUGACACUGACAUUUCCAAUGGAAAGAGGAGAGUAGAGUUGAUGUUAAUCUUAGAGUGCCCUUGUGUCCCUCCACACUACAGAAAUGUAAUACUAGGAUUCAAUGGAUUCUAGGGACUUGUAGUUUGGGGAGGCACUAGGACUGUAAAUACACUACAAAUCCCAGGAUUCUUUGGGACGUCGCCAUUGCGGUUAAAGUGGAAUCAUUUCACUACCAUUGAAAGAUAUGAAAGGGCCCCGUAUCUUGUUUCUAACAAUCAUGAUCAUAGGGGUUCCAAUAGGAGGGCAAAGAAAGGAUGGGUUUUGAUGGACUGCAAAACCCAUCCCAGCUGAUCCAAGUGUGAGGGAAUGCUAGGAGAUCUAGUCCAUUGGCAACCCUAUUCUCCCCCUAACAUCAUUGGAUUUGGUUUGUUAACCAUCGGGGAUCAUGUUUGCCUUUUUCUGACAUCAUUUUCCAUUUUAUCGUUCAAUGGAGAAGCAUGUUGCGAAGAAUAGAUAUAGGUGAGAAAUUAGAGACCGACAUUGCUUUUGACAACUUACAUUGGACGGCAUUGCUUCGUGUUCCUUCGCAAACCCGCCUCUCUUUUUUCAUUUUCCGCCUCCUCUUCCAUGUUGCGCACAGAUUCCCCCCAAUGCGCUUUGGUCAUUUAUAUUUUUACUGGUGUUUUUUUUUAAUAACCAUAGUUGUUUAUUCUCUGUCUCGCCACUUUGCUUACUACGCUCCGUUUUAGCACAAGACACACAUUGCGGCACCAAGGAAUGGCAAGCCGGUUUAUACUUUAGGGGGAAAGGCAAUGGAAGGUGUCCACACUAUGAGCUUAAACUGGUUUCGACCUGCAUUAUAUAUUAUACUUUAUUUAUAUUCUGCUCUAUCUCCCUGAGGGAACUCAGAGCAGAUUACGGAAUACAUAUAACAAACAUUCAAUGCUGUUAUACAAUUAACAGCAAAGACAGACAAUACAUAGAUGCAAGGCUGCCUUCUUUUUCAUCUCUGGCAUCUGGAGGCUUUGCUCGACACAGCCAUGGGGAGGUGCUGUUGUUCUAUUUUUCCAUGCCAAGGAGCCUGUUGUCCAUAGGCACCUUCCUGAUAGAAUUGCUGGCAUGUUUUUCAGGGACGCCUUUUACCUCCCCGCCAAAGUGGUACCUAUUUAUCUACUCACAUUGCUGUUUUCAAUCUGCUCGGUAAGCAGAAGCUAGGGCCGAUGGCAGGAGCUCACCCUGACCCAUGGCUUGAACUGUCAACCUUCCGGUCAACAAGAUUUUCUGUAGCUGGCGGUUUAACCCAUUGUUCUAACUGCGACCCUCUCUCUUUCUCAAAAUGUAGUUCCGCAGACCAAGAACUUUGGUUCAAAAUCCCCAGGUACACAAACAAUGCGUGCAUCUAUGCUGUCGAAUUCAUUUUAACAGCUGCUGGGAUUUGUAGUUUUACAGAGCUCUUUCUUGGCCAAACUACAACUCCCAGGAUUCCACCGUAGUAUCAAAACUGCAUUAAUUCUACAGGAUUAAUUGGAUCAGUAUUUUCCUCAAAAAUCAACUCUAAAUGCAACCCAAAAAAAUGGGUUUGUUUAGAUGAAAUCAAACACACAAAAGAGCUUGUUUUCCGAUGCAAUUUAUGAAUCCAGUCUCUUUAUCAUGACUCCCUAUUACAACCAGGCAACUGGUACAUUUCCCGUAAACCUAAACGUAAUAACCGUCUUGCUUUUCCUUGGUUGCCAAUGCAAUAUUUUGACCUCUUCGCCUUUGUACGCAUCCCGUUCGCUGCCGCGCCGACCUUUUGAUGUACCGAUUUCCAGGUUUUUUUUCUUGUUAAUUUUCUUUUUUUUCCCCUAUGCAAAAGUACAUUACAAUAAAUAAAUAAAAAAAAACCUAAAAGGACAAUUUUAAAAAAAUUAAAAAAUAAGAAAAAAAUAAUAAGAAAAGUGGAAAAAAUGAGAAAAAAUGUAUUAAAAAAAUUAAAUAAGCUAUGCUUUCAA